UCCUGGAGCGCCGCUCGGCUGCCAGAGGGGAGCCGCCACCUGCUCCGGUGCGGAGUCGCUCCUCGCUGGGAAGGGAGAGAGCAGCCGCCCGCGCUCCGGGAAGUUACCGCUCCUCUCGGGGAAUUGCCGCCGCCGCCUCCUCCUCCUCCCGGUCUCGGAGGAGGAGAAAUCGCCACCGCGCUCCGAGAGGGAAGAGCCCCCUUGGGCGCUCCGCUCCGCCGCUCCUUCCAUCCCUCCCGGUCCCGCCGCGGGCAGGCGGGAUGAUGGAGCCCCCCGCCUGCUCCUCCCGCCGCCGCCCGCUGCUCUGCCUGCUGCUCGCAGCCCUUUGCCUGCCGCCAGCUCUGGGAUUGUACACAGUAAAUGCAGUAUAUGGAGAUACUAUUACUAUGCCUUGUCGUCUAGAAGUACCAGAUGGUCUUAUGUUUGGAAAAUGGAAAUAUGAAAUGCCAAAUGGAUCUCCGGUAUUUAUUGCCUUCAGAUCAUCAACAAAAAAAAAUGUACAGUAUGAUGACGUACCAGACUACAAAGACAGGUUGAGUCUCUCAGAAAACUAUACAUUAUCCAUCAAGAAUGCAAGAAUCAGUGACGAAAAGAGAUUUGUAUGUAUGCUAGUUACAGAAGAUGAUGUUUCUGAAGAGCCAACGAUAGUCAAAGUCUUCAAACAACCCUCUCAACCGGAAAUCUUACAUCAAGCAGACUUCUUAGAAACAGAGAAGCUACAAAUGCUCGGGGAAUGCGUUGCAAGAGAUAGUUAUCCCGAAGGCAAUGUUACAUGGUACAAAAAUGGGAGAAUUUUGCAGCCUGUGGAAGAAGUUGUGGUCAUAAAUUUUCAAAAGAUGGUGGACAAAUCAACUGGACUCUUCACCAUGACAUCAUCUCUUCAGUAUAUGCCAACAAAAGAAGAUGUAAAUGCCAAGUUUUCUUGUGUUGUGACAUAUUAUGGACCUUCUGGCCAGAAAACAAUAGAGUCUGAACCAGUUGUCUUCAAUGUUUAUUACCCAACAGAGAAGGUGACUAUUCAAGUACUGCCACAAAGUAGUGCCAUUAAGGAAGGUGAUAACAUCACUCUGAAGUGCUCAGGAAAUGGCAACCCUCCUCCACAGGAGUUCCUGUUUUACAUUCCGGGAGAAGCAGAAGGUAUAAGAAGCUCUGAUACUUACAUAAUGACAGAUGUGAGACGAAAUGCAACAGGAGAAUAUAAGUGCUCUCUGACUGACAAAAGCAUGAUGGACUCUACCACUAUCACUGUGCACUAUUUGGAUUUGCAGCUUACUCCUAGUGGAGAAGUCACAAAACAGAUUGGAGAGGCUCUGCCUGUGUCAUGCACGAUUUCUUCUAGUAAAAAUGCAACUGUGUUUUGGUCAAAGGACAAUACCAGAAUGCCAACAAGUCCAUCAUUUUCAAGUCUUCAGUAUCAAGAUGCUGGAAACUACAUCUGCGCUACGACUUUGCAGGGUGUUGAAGGGUUGCAGAAAAGAAAGACACUUAAACUUAUUGUGGAAGGAAAACCUCAAAUCAAAAUGACAAAGAAAACAAACACAAAUAGAAUGUCUAAAACUAUUAUCUGCCAUGUGGAAGGUUUCCCCAAACCAGCAGUGCAAUGGACAGUUACUGGUAGCGGAAGCAUCAUAAAUAAAACAGAGGAGACCAGAUAUGUUAAUGGAAAAUUCUCCAGCAAAAUUGUAAUUGCUCCUGAGGAAAAUGUGACUUUAACUUGCACUGCAGAAAAUCAGCUAGAAAGGACUGUAACCUCCCUGAACGUCUCUGCUAUAAGUAUUCCAGAAUAUGAUGAGCCAGAGGAUAGAAAUGAUGACAGCAGCGAAAAGGUUAAUGACCAGGCAAAACUAAUAGUGGGGAUUGUCGUUGGUCUUCUGCUGGUUGCUCUGGUUGCAGGUGUUGUCUACUGGCUCUAUGUGAAGAAAUCAAAUGACACCAAAGGAAAGUCUGAGAAGGCAGCAGCACAGAACUUUCCAAGUCUGCCGAGGACGGCAUCAAAACAUGUAGACAAAGAUCUUGGGAAUAUAGAAGAAAACAAAAAAUUAGAAGAAAACAAUCAUAAAUCUGAAACUUAAGAGAAAACGUGUCAGUUACCGUUGCAG